UAGCCUUGUGCUUCCCAUCCAAAAGUUUUGGCCUUAAGAUGGCGUGAAGUUGGCCGUGAAGCUUGUCGUACAUCUGGCAACCCUGUGUGGUAGUGGUAGUCGUCGUAACAGAGACUUACUUGUGGAGGAAGGGACGAGUUUGCACUUCAGCCUCGUGGCGUGUACCUGAAGGGCUUCCAAGGCUUAGGAUGGCAGGUGAAGCUCCUUGUUGCAUGCGCGCUGCGUGGCAACAUUUAAGAAAGGCAGACUCUACACUAGUGAGUGAAGUAAAAGAGUUGAACUCCAACGGUGAGGAACAGGUCCUGCACAAUAUAUAUCUUCGCGAGAAAUUUAAAGACUUCCAAAAAUCUUUGGAAAAUGAGUUCAGCAACAUGAUUGAUAAACGUCUGGGAGACUUUGAGGAGGAGAACCUUCCUGUAGCAGAGUGUUUGGUCAGAAGCACUUCAGCUUCCUUCACUUCUGCACUCACAAGAUCACAUAGUAGAUGUAAAGAAUCAAAAAAGCCUGGCGAACUUCCGUGUCGUAUGUACGUACCCCGUCCAUCAUUGUUGAAGGAGUUACUGGCUAUCAACCACAUGGAGAGCAUCUAUAACAUCUUUGUGGCCAUUCUUGUUCUACUCUUCUUCAACAAAGUCUUAGAAGAAAUUGUACACACUGGCAGCCCAAAUUUAGAUCUUUCACUUAUAAUCUGGGCCUUUGGUGGACUGGACAGGGUCAUUGUUAUAUGGGUGUGCAUGUUUACAAGCACAUCAGUCCUGGUUUACCUAAGUUUCCAUCACUGGGCACACUACAGACAUAAUAUGCCAGCUGUAUAUGAUUCAGUGGGAGGGAUCAUUUACAUCGCUUACUUAAGUCUGUUCCUCUACUUGCCUCUACAAAGUCUUCUUUACCAUGAACUUCCUCCUGCUUCAUCCUUCAUUAUCCUAUGUGAACAGGUGAGAAUGUUCAUGAAAACUUGGGCAUUCGUCAGAAGUAACCUCAACCGAGCAAUCAAGUACAAGAAAAAUGAUGAUUGUCAAGCAGGAAAUCUUUGUCCUGAUUUUUCAUAUUAUUUGUAUUUCCUCUUUGCACCAACAUUGGUUUAUAGAGAUGAAUACCCGAGAAACGAAACUUGCGAUUGGCAGCAAGUGUUCAACGACUUGAGUCAGGUUAUUGGCUGCUUAUUCUAUACACACUUUCUGUUUGUGCGAUUUUGUGUACCUGUCUUCCAGAAGUUUGGACAGGAGUCCUUCACUGCGACAAAUCUGUUGGUGGCUGUGUUCUCUUGCAUGUUCCCUGGUUCACUUGUUCUUCUGUGUGGGUUCUUUGCCAUUCUUCAUGCCUGGCUGAAUGCAUUUGGAGAGAUAAUGCGGUUUGCUGACAGAAUGUUCUAUAAGGACUGGUGGAACUCAACAUCAUAUGCUCGAUUCUACCGCACUUGGAAUUGUGUAGUGCAUGAUUGGUUGUAUGAGUAUGUAUAUAGGGACAUCGUUGCAUGGCAGAGAAAGCAAGGUGAAGGUUGUGCACGGCUGCGAUGCUUCCCAAUGCUGGUGGUGUUCUUUAUAUCCUCAGUGGUGCAUGAGUACAUCUUGGCCUUUGCAUUUAAGUUCUUUUACCCUGUUCUUCUCGUCAUGUUUGGAGGCUUUGGAGUUGCUUUUAUGUUUGUGAACAGUAAAGCUCGCCAGUUCAACAUCUUCCUCUGGGUCACGCUGAUAUUUGGAACAGGCGUUUUAAUGUGCUUAUACAGCAUGGAGUGGUAUGCCCGCAUUAACUGUCCACCUGUUUAUGAAGGAUACCUCGACUAUCUCGUACCACGAAGUUUAGCCUGUGAAUUUUCUUCUUAGGAUUAAGAAGAGAAAUACUGUACUAUUUUAUAUAGGAAAUAGAUAACAGGUAUUUAAAUAUACAUGCAGUAUUAUGUAUGCAUUUUAACUUUAUACCAAGACCUAGCAACUCUGUAUAACCAGCACAACUCAGGGGUUGAAUCUCAGGCUCCAGGAACCUAACUUGUGACUGGAAUCCAGGGCCGGUAUACACAAAACUUUUAAGUGCUAGCAAACAGUUGUUAAGGCUGACAUUUUCCUGUUAAUCACUAAUAGUACAUACACAAAACUUUUAAGGGCCUUAAUAGAACUGUUAGGUUAAAAGACAUCUGGAGCACUUUUAAGUCCCGUAAUAGUCGUCUGUUAGUUGAUACCAUGGUGAACCAACAACAAAAUCAGCGGCGGCAACGCAUUUAUCGGGAAAGGAGAAAUAUAUUUAAUGAAUAUAGUGUGAAUAUAUUGUGUGUAAACCCUUUAUAGCAGAGAUUUUCUUUCUUGACUUAGACAAUACUGAGAAUCGGAGUGUCUCACACUCUGCCACCGAUCACACCACACCAGGAAAUGCAGCAUUGGCUCUCAUGGUGAUUUCCAGCCAUGCCCUCUUUGGUUAUUUUUUGUGAACCAUCCAUCACCUUUUUUCACAUGAAAAAUUAUUUUUUUUUUUUAUGGUUUUCUUGCUGUUUUAGAUGAUCCUGACAUUUAUCUUUGGGGCAAAUCACUUUUUUUUUAGUUAGGUUAGGUUAGGAAGUUGGGACAUGGCAUGUUAGGUCAGGUAACCAAACCUAACUUUUUAUUAGUUAGGUUACGAUGUAACCUGUUAGAUCAGGUAACAUUACCUAACUUUUUUUUUAGUUAGGUUAGGUUACCUGACCUAACAGGCCAUGUCCUAACCUAAGCUAGCCUAACUUAACUAAAAGAAGUGAUUUGCCCCAAGACAAAUGUCAGAGUCAUCUAAAACGGCAAGAAAACUAGCGAAAAAAACAUAUUUUUCAAGUAAAAAAAGGUUUGGGUGGUUAACGAAAUGAGAGCGACGCUGCGUGUCACCAUAACAUCAAAUUGGGACUUAGAAAAAUUUGUGUUCUUGCAACUAAUAAAUUGCGUUUAUUUUUGGUAUGCUCCGCUUAAUUCAAGUAUAUUCUUUCAUUCCUCGGUGAUAUCUACUUAAUGGUAAGAACAAAAUCGUAAGAAGGUGAUGGGUUGAUAACGAAAAAUAACCUCCUCUUUUUGUCUUUAUUAUUCAGGAAAGUCUUCAAGCAGCCAUUCAAUAUUAACUUUUUCUCUUCAGUGGCAUCCACCAAUAAUAAAGUCUGGUCUGCUAUCCAGCUGAACUUCCUUUUCCUUCAUGGGGUUGAGACUUCCAUUUCCUCAAUAACAUGUUUGUUUACAAACAGCACAGCAAGGAAAAGCCACCGAUCACUAUCCUUGGUUAAUAAAUCCUCCUUCAAAAGACAUUGAUUAGAUUUUUUUUUAUGAUCAAAAUGUAUAUAAAUGUAAAUAUUGCAAUUAAUCUUCAUAAUUUUAUUGAGAUUAUUCAGCCAUAAGACCAUUUUAUAUAAUGAACUCCUGCUAUCUUUAGUGUUGUUUAGCGGUAAUUAACAAACAACUACCGUAAGUUGCGGGGUAUAAGUCGACUUCAAGAUUUUUAGUUCAAAAUUCAGGUUUAGGCUUACACUUGCCAUAUAAGUCGACCCCCCCAAGGCCCAAACAUAGGCUAGGCUAGAACUGAAAUGUGGAUAUAGCCUAUGGCAAAAGUGUGUAAUAGGGCAUACCAGUAUAGCACCUGCAUAGCACCGCUAUAUACAGUAUGAUAUUAGAACAUUGUGGUACACCUGGCCUACUAUCCACCAUUUGCAUCAGCUGGUGUAAACGAACUGCCAGUGGAGCCACCAACACCAUGCGGCCAGCUACGAAACUAUGGGUCCAUUACACUGUUGGUAAUUUACUAAACCAUCGUGGCUUUAUGCUCUUCCUGGCAUCCACUCAUUACCCACACACCGCCUGGGUUUAGUGGCGUUCUGAUCGAUUGUUUACUGUGCAUCAGCUGUUGGAAAUGGCGUGUGGUGUUGUGUUCGUUUAAUUAUACUGGAAUUUACUAUUUUGUUAUAAUCUCUUAUGUUAAAUAAGUUUACCAAACAUGAAUUUUAGGAGGAAAUAUUAGCGGCAGGCCAUGGGAGUUACGCUAUGUGAUGCACAGUGAGUGUUAGGCAGGCUGUUCCACUUGUUUACCACUCUGUGGUAAAGCUUCACAUUUUAUACUCGGCGUAUAAGUAGACCUCUGGUUUUGGAGAGAUUUUUUCAAGUUUAAAAUGUUGACUUACACUCCGCAACUUACGGUAUUUGUGCGGUAAAAGUUUGCUAGUUAAGCUUUGUAUAUAACUUUUAAAUUUUACUGCUAGCUAACAGUACCAUUAUGUCAUUAGCAUAAAAGUUUUGUGUAUACAGGCCCAGAAAUUUAAUAGUUUCACAUAUUAGACCAUCCUUCACUUAUAACAUAAAGAUGAUAACAGGAGAUACCAUUUAUGUUCAAGUACAGUUUGAGUUUUUGUGGUCAGAUUUUUAUGAAAAAAGUAGGGUGUCGAACUAUAUACACACUAUUUUGGGUGGGUAAAAUUCAUGCAUUUCCGUGGAUUAUUUAUGGUGAAUGAUAGCUACCAGUAAGUUCCUUUAUCCUGGGCUUGCCUACCAUACCCCUAGAUUCUUUCUUUAUGUUGCUAUAUAAAGAGCAAAACCUCAUUCACUAUAUAUGCCACUUUAAAUCUGCAAAUACAUGAUAGAAAUGAAGAUUUACAGAUAAUUCUCUUCAUUUGCAUGUGUUAACAUCGCUUGUGGCAUUGUGGCCAAGUUAGACGUGUCGCUGCAACCACAUCCCUCUAGCCCUCUUGCUACCAGGUGGAGCUGUGAGGUGUUAUGGUUAUUUUCAACUUGUAAUUUUGGGUCAAUAUACAUGACUUCUUUUUUUUUUUUUUUACUCAUUUACAUGUACAAUCAAUCCUAUAUUCAUAUUGUGCAAAAAAAGUAAAAGAAAUAAUUGUACAGUAUAAAGGUCAAAUACGUAAAGGGAAUAAACAUUUCUUUGCGCAUGAGGGUUAAGCAUGCUGAGCAGGAGUGGGAGAAGGGAGCGGUGUGUGGGGGGACCCAUUGCUAAGGAGUCGGCAGAGGCCCAGCUGGGCUACGUUGCUAUGGCGAGCGUUGAGGCCAACAGCCAGUGUUAUGCAAAUGGCGGUUGUGUUAAACUUUCACUUGGUUUUUCCUUAACCUUAUGCCCCAGGCUAGGGUGGCGUUGGCCAUACCCCCCACGCAGGGGUAAAACAAGAAAAAAUCGACUUUUCCAAAAAUAAUAUUUAACCUUUAUAAAUGAUAAAGCAAUCAAAAAGAUGUAAGAAAAACUAUAUAUUGUCCCUCUAGAAACUUCAGUGGCACCUCAGUAAUGAGGGAAAUAAGGGGAAAGAUUUUUUGAUGGCGAGCGCUCGCGGUCACAAUUCACAUAGGGGUCAUUUUUCUGCUUGCCUUUGUGUCCGAGAUGGCCAUUAAUGCAUAUAUUUACUGGUUAUAAUGUACUUAUUUCCUAUAAAUAAUUCAUUUUAUUUGCAUUACUUUUCAUAAAAAGUGCUCGGCGACACACACAAUCUGUCGCCAGGCUGUCUUUGUGUUUGGGAGAGCAAUUACGUCAUAAAUAAUGAUCGGAAUAAUAAUUCCACAAAUAAAUACAUUUAUCACAUAAUUAUAGCAUUAUCAUCUAGUAAUACUACACUACUUUUAGUAAUAUUACUUUGAUACAACAUGAAAAAUGGACAAACAAUGAAAAAUAAACAAACACAAGAAGGUACUUACCAAGAAGCUUCCCUCUGACUGUACGUAGGAGAGGUGGUGGUGUUGGUGCUACCCUGACGCCUCGUAUCGCUUGUGGGUAGUGGCAAGUGACUGCAUACAACUGUGUACCUUUUACACAAAUAUCACUUUGUACCUUACAAAUACACUUCCACUACUAUUUACAAUCAUUCCUCACGUGCCACAUUGUUUUAGAACGUUUUCUUCGUGUGGUACUCCAUAAAGCAAGGUGCACAGAGACCAACGCCGCGCUCCUUGCACUACGUCGUCACGUCCUUACACUUAUCCGGGCGCUUUGUGGUGUUCCUGCAGACGUAGCACCGCCUUUGCAUCUUACAACCACUUGGAAGAGUCGGAAGGUCGUCAAGGAAGUGACGAGCAGCCCAGACACGUGCAAGGAGUCUGUCAGGGAGUCUUGCUUGGCUUCAACGUCGUCGUACAGCUGGCACAAUGUUGCCAUAUUUCUCCAGGACUUGACUCAUCACUUGCUUCUGAAAAACCCUGAGAGAGGGCUUUUCCCGGAUACAAUGUGUACGCAUUCAGGAUGAUGUUCAAGAGGUGUAGGGACAUCAUCUUAUACCACUUGACACAUUUCUGUACACACUCAAUUGCGCCAACCUGCAUGUCACUCUUGUCCACGAGGCGCAUGUUCACAUUGUAGUCCACGACAGCGUCAAGUUUUUUCAUUACCUCUUCCGUUGUCCAGUCCCUUUUGCCACUGUCCACCAUUUUGCCCUUGUGAAGGGUUGACAGCAUCUGCACAGUACGCUUAUCAUGCCAACGCAUUGCAAGCAACUUGUCUGCUUGUUUCAGCUGGAUGUCUCCUCGUGCAGGUUUACCAGGAAACACGGACCAGUGUUUCCUGUUCUUACGUACUGUCCCACAAGAACUGAUGUCAUGUUCAAGUAGGAACUUGGCCAGGGCAGGAGAGGUAUAAAAAUUGUCCUUGUAGAGGACGUGAUUCCCUCCAAAGUAGCGGUCCAUAAGUUUCUUGACAACAGCGCGAGAGAAACCAUGUGGGUCAUCCUUGGGUAUGUCUAUGUCACUUGCUGUGUAAACUACGAGAUCUAAGACAUACCCAGUCUCGCAACCACACAGCACAAAGAACUUUAUCCCAAAGCGAUUUCGUUUGGAGGGAAUGUAUUGUCUUAAAAACAAGACGUCCUCUGAAAAGCACCAGAGACUCGUCCACCACUACAUUCUGGGAGGGUUUGAAGAACUUCAUGAAUCGUUCCUUCAGCAUCGUAAAAACUGUCCUUAUUUUCCAGAGUUGGUCACUAGCCACAGGGUUGUUGUUGUCCACGAAAUGUAGAUAACACAGGAUGGAGGCAAACCGGUCUCUUGACAUGAAUUUCAAAAACAAUGGAGUUGCUGUCAUGUCAUCGUGAGAUAUCCAAUACUCCUGAAGUACGUGUUUCUUCACAUGUGCCAUUAGCAUUAGUAAUACAAAAAUCAGUCCAGCGGUGCAAUUUUGGCAAGGAGCCAGGUCCUGGGUCGGCAUCACACGUAUACUGAUAAAAUUUAUUUGUUUCAGUAUACAGUUAGUCCAUGCAUGCACCAUCAAAGAAGGCACAAAGUAGUCCAUCUCACUUGAUUCCUUUGUACAAGGAAAUUCAGGAGUAAUUCCACCUAAUGAGCAUCAGAAAUCAGGGAUGUCAGGCUGGAAAUUACUGCCAUCAGACCAAACAAAAGCAUUCAUUGUCCCUUGUCUGGGCUGUGACCGCGUGGUGGGCCUAUGCCACACUGGCUGUGCCUUGCUGCCACCCUCAUCACUUGUCCCUAAAACAUUGUGUAACUCGACACUAUCCUCAGGAUCACAAGGCAUAUAAUCACUGCCUUCAUCACCACUUUCACCAGAAUCGCACAAUACAGCACUCGCAUCAAAUAGCUCUGUCCGUAUCUCACUAUCAUCCAACCCGCGGCAUCGACGCUCGAUCGGGUGGACGCUGCUAGCGACCGAACACGGGAGGUUGAGGGGCGACUCUCCAUGACAGACAAAUAGUCAUGCUGGAACCUGUUAACCCGCGAUGGGCAUUCAAACAGUGGCGGGGUGAUCAUCAUAAACAAAACCAGAUUGAUUUGUUCAUGUUCAUGCAUGCCAACAAAAACUCUAGUCUUCUUCCAUUUUAGGGUACAUUACCUUCAUGUUAGUGUCUCUUAUGGAAAUCCAGUAAUGAAGGUGAAGGAUUAAUUGUAUUUUCAGAUUUAUUCAAUUUCUUGGGCCUGGUGAUUCAAUUCCUGUGACUUGCUAGCUCUACAGAGUUGCUCAUUCCCAGAUCAUAUAUAUAAAAUGGGAUUUCAGAAUCAAUCCAUAAUUUUUCCAUUUUUCUUUUCAUUUACUCUCCUGAGUUUCUUACUGACAAUAUUUAUUACAGUUUGUGUCUGUUGAAAUAUAUAGACAGCAUCACCAUUUUAGACAUUCCUGUGUUUUAUAAGGUUUUGUUGUUGCUGAUUAUUAUAAAUGCAUCUUGGGUGUCAGCCUGUAUGAAAAUCUUUAACAAGUAAUGUUUUACAAACUGCAAAAAUAUGAUGACAAUUUUGAAUCCUUGGUUUUUCCCAUAAAUUGACAGAUACAAAAAAAAACAAGUUCUGUUAUAAUAUAUAAGCUAAGGCAAUCCAAAUAAACGGUCGUAAAUUAUGCAAAAUUUGUAUUAAGGGUCCAAGAUCAAAUACUGUACAAAAGAAAUGAACAUUAUCAAAGGCCAUUAUGAGAAUGUAUUGUGUGAAACUGACAUCAUUCUUCUGUCAGGAAAAUGUAGUUGAGUUUGAAUGUUUUCUACAUUAUCUAAUUUUAUGCAUAUUUAAUAUUACCACAGGGUGAAAUUUUUAGUUUGCCCAUCAAAUCACAAUUAAGAAUUAUAUUUGUUUAACUAAGACCAUGGACACUAACUAUAUUAUGUUAAAUACAGUGAUAUCCCCAUUAGCCGCAACAAUUGGUGCAGAGCACUUCCGGGGAAGAGAGAUUUCCGGGUAACCAGACAACUUUCUCAAACCCGGAAAUAUUUCCAGUUUUACUGGAAAAACUUUCCGAGUGUCUAAACUAUGCAUCUUGCACAGACAAACACUAGCCCACAUCCUCAUAAUGUUUCUGUGUGCUGGGGAGCUUUCCAAAAGUCUAAGCUAAAGAUCUAUAUGAUAUGGUCGUGAAUGAAACUAUGUGUUAGAGCAAAGACUAUUUUUUUCGCCCCCUUGGAGCUGUGGGGGAUUAGUGGAUCUCGUGUAACUGACCUGACCUGACACUAUGUCAGGUGGAGGUAGGGUGGGGUAUUGGUGGUCUCAUAUU